GGAUUUUCAGCUUCUUCUAGUACUCUUUAGACGUGAUGGCUUUACUCGCAGGCAAGGUCGUUUGUAUUACUGGUUCGUCUCGAGGAAUUGGACGAGCGUGCGCACUAGAGUCGGUUAAACAUGGAGCGACUGGAUUGAUCUUGCACUAUUAUGGAGACCCUGAGACUCAGGCCGAAAUCGAGUCUCUGCAAAAAGAAAUUGAGAUCAACCAGAAGCCUUGUCGUAUUGUCGCUGUACCUGGUGAUAUCGCGGAUCCUGGAACCGCCACAAAGAUCGUGGAGCAAGGCUUGCAGACGUUUUCACGAAUCGAUGUACUCGUUAGUAAUGCGGGAAUUUGUCCAUUCGCGGAAUUUCUGAGCAUGCCUCACUCCGUCUGGGAGCGAACGAGACAAGUGAACCUGGAUGGUUCCUUCUACAUUACGCAAGCCGUGGCAAACGUGAUGAAGAACCAAAUUCCUCAAGGUGGGGCUAUUAUUGGUGUAGCUUCUAUUUCUGCGUUAGUCGGUGGUGAAAUGCAAUGCCACUACACCCCCACUAAGGCUGGCAUUUUGUCUCUGAUGCAAAGCUGUGCUGUGGCUCUCGGUAAGUAUAACAUACGUGCUAAUGCCGUACUUCCUGGUACGAUCGCCACCGAUAUCAACAAAGACGACCUUAGUGAUGUGGAAAAGCGAGAAAAUAUGAUAAAACGAACAGUUUUAGGCAGAUUAGGCGCUCCUGACGAUAUUGCAGGGCCUGUAGUUUUUCUUGCCAGUGAUUUGGCCAAGUAUGUAACUGGAGCUUCUCUUCUUGUGGACGGCGGGCUUUUUGUGAAUCUUCAGUGAUUGAUUUCAAUUAUAAGUGUCAUAGCGACACCCCUAGCAAUCUAAACUUGUAGCAGUCUUACUGCAACACUUCACCCAGAAUAUUACCAUCAACAACUGCUGCAUCUGCGUCGACAAGGACCGUCGCCCAUCUUGCCCAUUGACUUCCGGGAUUCCUCCAUGCGUGUAUCGUCCCUUUCUGGAUCACCGUAUCCCCAGGAUUUGCGAGAUGAUUUUCCGUUCCGUCAUCAGUUAUUAGGAUGAGUUC